AGUCUCACCCCGAACGAGGUUCGAUGGUGUCGAUAGGACUUACCAAAAGUACUAUAUACCAAGGCCUUAUACUAUAUACCCUGGUCGGUUGGCUCACCUUUUGCCGAGUUUUCAAUUCUUCAGGCAAAAAUUUGCCUGAAAAUAGGCUAUUGCAAGCAGGGUAUAUAGAAAUUGCAAGCGUCUGUGACUGUGUGCCUACUGCCUAUAUCUCUCGAAUUGUACAAAACAUUUUAGAAAAUAGGUUAUGUUUACACGUAAUUCUUUAUACUAGACCUGACGAAGGUUCCCGUAUUUGUUAUACCUUGAGCCUGGAACGGAGUCGUCCCCGCGCGCGGCCCGCGCUGCCGCCUCCGCGUCCGCAUGAAGAAUGGAUGGGCGCUAGUCUCUAAGUAUCAAGCGUAGUUCGUUGCAAGGACAUUUUUCGUUAUUGAUACUUAUUGUAAUUACUAUUUGUAUCUAUGCAAGACUCGAGUAUUAACUACUUGGCGUAUACUAUCUACUAGUUGUGUUGAUUUGAUAAUGGCUUCAAGAGCAUCAGGCUGAUAUUGCAGGUUACUGAAUGCUUUAUUGUUAUGAACUGAAACUGCAAGUGUUCACUACCAGGUAAAGCCAUUGCCAAGAUGCUGAGCCUGAAGGCAGGCAAGUGCCCUACUGAUGAACUUUCCAUCACCAACUGUGCCAUCGCCAAUGACAAGCAGGUGGCCGAGGAUCGCACUCACCUGGAGGUGUCCACCGCGCCGGGGACCUCCUUCAUCAUUACCUGCUUGCGCCACCCGAGCGUCGAGCCUGGCUACCUGGGCUUCUCGUUGCCGCAGCGCAAGUGGGCCAGCCUGUCCAUCGGCCAGGAGCUCAGCUGCCGGCCGUACACCUUCAGCAACUCGCAGUACCUCAGCGCUAUCGUGCUGGAGGCUGACUUUCUGCAGAAGCGCAGCACCACCCAGGAGCCGUAUGACACGGACAAGAUGGCGGCGGCGUUUAGCGCCCAGUUCGCGCGCCAGGCCUUCACCGUCGGACAGCUGCUCGUCUUCGCGUUCGAGAACAAAAAGAUGCUCGGGCUGGUCGUGAAGUCGAUGCAGGUGGCUGACAUGAUGGCCAUCGCCAAAGGAGAGGACAGUAAGCCGCGGGACGCCCGCAUCGGCCUCCUGCUGCCCAACACCACCGUCCAGUUCGAGAAGGCCGACAACUCGAGCCUCAACCUCGUCGGAAAGUCCAAGGGAACCCAGGUGCGCCAGUCGCUCAUAAACCCCGACUGGGACUUCAACAAGAUGGGCAUCGGCGGCUUGGACAAGGAGUUCAACGCCAUCUUCCGCCGGGCGUUCGCCUCGCGCGUCUUCCCGCCGGAGAUCAUCGAGCAGCUCGGGUGUAAGCACGUCAAGGGCAUCCUGCUCUACGGGCCGCCUGGCACCGGUAAAACGCUGAUGGCGCGCCAAAUUGGCCAGAUGCUGAACGCGCGCGAGCCCAAGAUCGUGAACGGCCCGCAGAUUUUGGACAAGUACGUCGGCGAGUCGGAGGCCAACAUCCGAAAACUGUUCGCCGAGGCGGAGGAGGAGGAAGAGAAGAUGGGCCCCAACUCCGGCCUCCACAUCAUCAUCUUUGACGAGCUGGACGCCAUCUGCAAGCAGCGAGGCAGCGUGGCCAGCGGCGCGGGCGUGCACGACACGGUCGUCAACCAGCUGCUCUCCAAGAUCGAUGGCGUUAAGCAGCUCAACAAUAUCCUUGUCAUUGGCAUGACCAACCGUCGCGACAUGAUCGACGAGGCGCUGCUGCGACCGGGCCGACUGGAGGUGCAGAUCGAGAUCGGCCUGCCCGACGAGCACGGUCGCGGCCAGAUCCUCGGCAUCCACACCGCCAAGAUGAGGGGCUACGGCAAGAUCGCGCCCGACGUCGACCUGGCGGAGCUGGCGCAGCUGACCAAAAACUUCAGCGGUGCUGAGCUGGAGGGUCUGGUGCGCGCCGCCCAGUCCACGGCGCUGAACCGCCUCAUCAAGGCCUCCAACAAGGUGUCCGUCGACCCGGACGCAGCCAGCAAGAUCUGCGUGCAGCGCUCCGACUUCCUGCAUGCGCUGGAGAACGACAUCAAACCGGCGUUCGGCACGUCGGCGGACAUGCUGGAGCACUUUAUGUCUCACGGCAUCAUCUCGUGGGGCAUAGCCGUGCAGCACAUCAUGGAGGACGCCAUGCUGUUCAUCCGCCAGGCGCGCAGUCCCACCAGCAAGGGUGUGGUCACCGUGCUGCUGGAGGGUCCGCCCAACUCUGGCAAAACGGCCAUCGCCGCGCACCUGGCCAAAAACUCCGAGUUCCCCUUCAUCAAGAUCUGCUCACCCGAGGACAUGGUCGGAUUCACAGAGGCCGCCAAGGUCCAGGUCAUUCGCAAGCUUUUCGACGACGCGUACCGCUCCCAGCUGUCGUGUAUUGUGGUGGACAACAUUGAGCGUCUGCUCGAGUACACCUCCGUCGGCCCGCGCUUCUCCAACGUCGUACUGCAGGCGCUGCUCGUGCUGCUCAAGAAGGAGCCGCCCAAGGGCCGCAAACUGCUCGUGCUGGCCACCUCCAGCCGCAGGGACGUGCUGGAGCAGAUGGACAUGCUGAACGCGUUCACCACCACGCUGCGGGUGCCGAACAUCUCCAGCUCGGCCGAGAUCGUCACCGUGCUCCGCGAGACGAGCGUCUUCAACGAGCAGCAGUGCCGCGACGUCGAGAAGAAGCUGGCAGACAGGAGGGCACACAUCGGCAUCCGCAAGCUGCUGGCGGUGGUGGAGAUGUGCCGCGAGGUGCCCGAGCGAGACCGCGUCAUCAAGUUCAUCUGCCGGCUGGAGGAGGACGGCCACGUCGAGCUGAUGUGAGCGGCGCCCGCCAGACGCCAGACGCACACGCUUAGGUCAACAUUUCGGUGUGUUCGCCGCAUUCCAUUCCACUGCUAGGCUUCAGCCGCGGUGUCGCCACAGCCGGCGCUCCGAGCGAGGUGGCGCUGGACUCGACAGUCCGCCCCGCCCGCUCCUCCGGUGCCGGAUUUCCCCGCCACGGGCGGACCACAUGUUCCAGGUAGCAGCAAUGUAGCUCGUCGCCAUUGUCGUACGUAGAACGAGACCAUUUGACCCCCUUCCCCGCCGCCCGCUCGCUGUCUUAUCCACGGCACUGCGCGGCUGAGGCUUAUUUAAAGCUAUCCGGCUGCACAGAAGAAUCUCUCCACGCUCGGCACAUGCUAGCCUGUUCUGUUACCCGAAGUGGCUCUUGAAUGGGCUAGUGCGAUGAAUGUCGGCUUCUAAAGGUAACUGCGCAGUGAUGAGCAUUUGCGCCCAAGCCUGUACCGCUAUCUGAUAUGAUGGUUGAGUUGGUCAAAGCGACUGCCUAUUCAACUUACCGAAGUUAGAUUGAUGUUAAUGGAGAAUAGCGUGUAACCGUUCGAUUGGUUGUUUUACUGAUUUACAGCUCAUAUUGCGAAACAUCUUCACAGCUGAUACUGGAAUAUAAUUAUGUUGCUUUGGGGAAUGUGGCGGUAACAAAUUGUGAUUUUUACCACUCUCAAUGUAUCCGCUUGGCCCGGCAGUCGAACCGUAGUUGGUCCCAUCCCUUGCUGCCGGCCGCACGCGGCGUCUUAGAAGCUCCUCGUCGCGGACAUUCCAUGACGUAGGAACUUCUGCCGGCUCUGGCUCGGGCGACUAGCUCCAGCAGUUCCCAUUUUGACUCUGGGUGUCGAGCAUGUUUGCUGUUAGAGGCAGUGAUAGUCGAUUGCGUUUGAUUGCCGCUGGUAUCGUACCGGCGUGUAGACAAGACCCCGACUUAUUCCUGGGGGAACAAUCAUGUCCGUAGGAUCACGGGGUCACACCAGGCGUCUCGGUGUCGAUGAUAGGGGUUGUGACAAGUCAGAAUGGUUGCGGUUGCCGGCGUAUAUGCAGUCAGAUUCGUGUUGCGGUAGGUAGGGCUUAAAGCAAUGGGUGUUGUGUCGUGUGCAUUACCUGUAUAUUUAUUGAUUUUAUAGUAUAUACUUCAAUACGAUGAACGGUAAUAAAGCAUACAAUAAUCUA